AUGGUUUCGUAUAUAUAUAUAACCUUGUUUAUAUUAUCUUUUGCUUUUCUUUUAAUUCAUGCUUCAACAAGUGAUUUAGAAUUGGAAAAUGUCACUUCUGAUGAAGAUGCUGUAGAAGUUAUUGAUCCUUCAAGCGAUGAUGUAGAAGUAGAAGAAUAUUUGGAUGAGAAUGUAGAUGAUGACCAAUCCAUUUUAGAAGCUACCCCUGAAGAUGAUUUUGCCCUAUCAGGUGUGCAAAUUACUGAUGAGGAAGCUGACGGUGAUGUUAAUGAAGAUAUGCCAUUAGAAAAUGAGUCUAUCAUGGAUAUGGAAGCAGAAGGUGAUGCUACUGUUGAUGUGGAAGAAGGUGAUGCUACUACUCUUGAUGUGGAAGAAGGUGAUGCUACUACUCUUGAUGUGGAAGAAGGCGAUGCUACUACUCUUGAUGUUGAAGAAGGUGAUGCUACUACUCUUGAUGUGGAAGAAGGUGAUGCUACUACUCUUGGUAUGGAAGAAGGUGAUGCUACUCAUGUUGUAGAAGACGGUGAUGCUACUGUUGGUAUGGAAGAAAAAGAUGGUGCAACUUAUUCUAUGGAAGCAGAAGGUGGUGAAACUGUUGAUGCAGAAGAAGAUGCUGAUCUUGUCACAAAUUUGCAUCGUGCUGGUAGUACCGAUUCUCUUUUUGGGAAGAUUUUGGAUAAAGAUAUAAUAUUUGAUAGUAUUAAAUCAUAUGAACCAAUGUUUAAGCAAAUUAUUUUAGAUCCCUCUAAACUUAAGGAGGAACAGAUGCCACCAAUGGAAGAAUUAGAUGCAACUCCAGAAGACGAUUUCUAUUUAGGAAAAUCACCACAUUUUACAGACGAAGAAUUAGGAUUAAUGAAGGAACCAGUGGAAGAAGCACCAACGGAAGAAACACCAACGGAAGAAGGGCCAAUAGAAGAAUUAGAUGCAACACCAGAGGACGACUUCGAAUUAGGAAAACCAUUAAAGGAAGAAGAAGAAGAAGAAUCAACAGAAGAGGAACCAACGGAAGAAGAACCAACCGAAGAAGUACCAACAGAAGAAGAACCAACGGAAGAAGAAUCAAUAGAAGAGUUAGAUGCAACACCAGAGGAUGAUUUCAAAUUAGGCAUGCCAAUUGAGGGAGAAGAAGAAGAAGAAGUAGUUGAAGAAGUACCAGUAGAAGAAGUACCAGUAGAAGAAGUACCAGUAGAAGAAGAACCAACAGAAGAGGAACCAACGGAAGAAGAACCAAUAGAAGAAUUAGAUGCAACACCAGAGGACGACUUCGAAUUAGGAAAACCAUUAAAGGAAGAAGAAGAAGAAUCAACAGAAGAGGAACCAACGGAAGAAGAGCCAACGGAAGAAGUACCAACAGAAGAGGAAACAACGGAAGAAGAACCAACAGAAGAAUUAGAUGCAACACCAGAGGAUGAUUUCAAAUUAGGCAAGCCAAUAGAGGGAGAAGAAGAAGAAGUAGUAGAAGAGGAGCCAGUAGAAGAAAUAGUAGAAGAAGGAGUACCAACAGAAGAAGAACCAACUGAAGAAGAACCAACUGAAGAAGAACCAACUGAAGAAGAACCAAUAGAAGAAUUAGAUGCAACACCAGAGGAUGAUUUCAAAUUAGGCAAGCCAAUAGAGGGAGAAGAAAAAGUAGUUGAAGAAGUCGUGGAACCGUCUAAGUUUGUUAAACCAUCAAUUAUGAUCUUAAAUGAUGAACAGUUAUUUGCUGCAAUUUUAGAUGACAAUUUAAAAUAUUCUAACGUUAAAGCAUUUGAGCCAUUAUUUAAAUAUAUUCUCAAGGAUCCAGAUGCAAAACCUCUUCCAAAAGAAUCUCCAAAGGAAGAACCAGUAUAUCGACAAGAGGAAUUAGAUGCAACACCAGAGGACGAUUUCAAAUUAGGAGAAUUAGUAGAAGAAGUACCAGUGGAAGAAGUACCAGUAGAAGAAGUACCAGUAGAAGAAGUACCAGUAGAAGAGGAACAAGUAGAAGAGGAACUAGUAGAAGAGGAACAAGUAGAAGAGGAACAGGUAGAAGAGGAACAAGUGGAAGAGGAACAAGUAGAAGAGGAACAAGUAGAAGAAGAACCAGCAGAAGAGGAACCUGUAGAAGAGGAACUAGUAGAAAAAGUACCACAAUUAAAAUUAGUAAUACCAUCGGAAGAAGAAAUCAUGAUAAAGUUAGGAGAAUCAGCAAUACACGAAAAGUUACCUUCGGCAAUGAUCCCAGUUUUCGAUGUGGAAAAGAUAGAUAUUCCAAAAAGAUUUACAGAAGCAGAAGAAUUUUUAUAUUACGCCGUAAAAACCAAAAAGUAUGCACAGGAAGAUUUAUUAUCCCGAUUUUGGUAUACUCCAGAAUGGAAGGAAUUUGUUGAUAAAUUAGAAAAGGAAUGGAGCCUUUUGGAAGAUAGCAUGAACCAGAAAGUAGCUAAAUUUAUGAAAAUAAGAAAUGAUGAAUGGGAUGGAUGGAUGAAAAAAAUUGAAAUGAAAUGGUCAAUAUCUAGUGGAAAAAUAGCUAAAUUAAGAGCUGUUACAGAUUCGCAAAAUCCAUCACAAUGGAGCGAUCAGUCAUGGAACAAUUGGUAUAAAAAUGAACUAGAGACAAGAAUUGAUUCGAACGUAGAUAAAUGGUUAAACGAUACUCAUUCCAGUGUAUUUCAAAUGGUUGCUAAGGAUAUAAAAAAUUUUGAAGACAAGAAAAUUAAAGAAUGGAUGAUGUAUCACUGGAAAAACAACGAAGCUGGUGUCGCUCCUGAGAAAAUUAAAUUUAUGACAGCUUCAAGAUUUGUAAUUUUAGCCAGGACUAAACGUUGGUAUAAUAAAGAUCCCAAAAUAAAUAGACAAAGAAGGGAAUUAAUGAAAUUAUUCCUAUACAAAGAAAAUUAUUAUUUAAUAGAAGGAUGGAAUAAGUGGAAACAAUGGAAAAAGGCUAAAAGCUCUAUGAUUAAUUCAAUUUAUGAAACAUUAUCUGCAAAGCGUGUCCCGAAAGAAGAAUGGGAUACAUUUAUUAAACAGAUAAUAGUUUAA